AUGACACGAUCUUCAUCUAACAGACUCAGGUCCCCUAGUCCCACCCGCCCACAGUCUAUUCGACAACGUGCUACCAACUUGAGUGAGGGCGAAAUCAGUGUGCUUGACCUUGGUCCUAGUCUACAGACGACCCCGACUCCGUCCUCUCGAAUCCGUCGCAAUACAGGCUUACUGAGUGAAAAUUCUGCGUUACGCGCUGCUCUUGAUAGUCUGGCGACGGAUGAUACCAGAAAUGAACGACGACUACACACUGAGGACCUGGAAUCGGAGGUUGUCAGCUCGACCAGUGGAGACAUACCAAACCCACAUCCUUUCAGCCAACGCGAGCGCCGCCAGAAUACCACGAUUGCUCGCAGUCUUGCCCCCGACCCUCUGAUCCGUCGACCUGGUCGACAACUUCGUGAUAGCCGAGUUGCUUCCUCCGGUGAUAUUCAGGGCCUUGGCCAUAGUUAUGGAUAUGGGUAUGGUUAUUCAAUACAGGACAACCAGCUUCACUUCUCCGAUGAGCCCAACAAUCACAUCAUGGCCCAGUCUGUUCCUCACUCUCCGCGAUCACCUCCUGCGCCCCUUCGUCGGGUACUUUACUCGACAAACUACUACUCUGUCCUCGGCCCGGACCACUCAAGCUUGCGUAACGUUGAGCAGGCAAACAAUUCAACUCCAGGUGAUAGGUGGACAACUUCCCAAGAUGGGGAUGAGGAUUGUCGGCAGUCACGCACUCGGUAA